AUGUCUAUCAAGGUCGCUCUUCUCGGUGCUUGCGGUGGUAUCGGACAGCCUCUCGCUCUUCUCUUGAAGCUCAACCAGAAGAUCUCUGAGUUGGCUCUCUACGAUAUCAAGCAGGCCCGAACUCCUUGCGCUGGUGUUGCUGAGGAUUUGAGUCACAUCAACACUCCCGCUGAGGUUAAGGGUUACGCUGGUGAGGAGGAGAUCGAGGCGUGCCUCACCGGCAGCGAUAUCGUCAUCAUCACUGCCGGUGUUCCUCGUAAGCCUGGCAUGACCAGAGAUGAUCUCUUCUCGAUCAACGCCGGUAUCGCCGCUGGUCUUGCCAAGAACUGCGCCAAGUAUGCCCCUAAGGCUACUCUUUGCAUCGUCACCAACCCCGUGAACUCUAUCGUUCCCGCUUGUGCUGAGGUCUACAAGCAGGCCGGUGUCUUCAACCCUAAGAAGCUCCUCGGUGUUUCCCUCUUGGAUACCGUCAGGGCCGAGACCUUCGUUGCCAAGGAGUUGAAGGCUGAUGUCAACAAGGUGACUAUCCCCGUCAUCGGUGGUCAUGCUGGUGUGACCAUCAUGCCUUGGUUCUCUCACUCCACUCCCAAG